AUGGCACAACUGGAAGCUGGCCCUGGAACCCCAGAACAUGGCACCAUAGAAGCUUUACAGUCCUCGUCCGAUGACACCCUUGAAGAUGCGCUCAGCAUAGAGCCAAAGACAUCAUAUCACAGUAACGAGUGGAACUGGGAUGAUGAUCCAAACAAUCCUUACAACUGGCCGACAAGACACAAGGUUCUCCAAGUCUCGAUGAUUGGUUGGGCGGCUUUUACAACAACCGUUGGAGUAUCCAUCCUAACUCCUGCUCACUCGGUUUUCAUGGCGGAAUUUGGAGUCAGCAGCACCGUCGCCAUCCUGCCCUUGUCUCUCUAUGUCUUUGCUCUAGCCCUUGGUCCUAUGGUCGGUGGACCGCUUUCUGAAACCGUUGGGAGGUACCCAGUCUACAUAGGAACAAUAGUACUCGGCACUCUAUUUACUCUGGGUGUCGGGUUUAGUCCCACGUUUGCUGGGAUCUGCGUUCUUCGAUUCUUGGCUGGUUUCUGCUAUGCGCCGACCUUGGCGAUUGCAGCGGGGACUCUCAAUGAGACGUUCAAACCAGUGCAUCGUGCUCUUCCAUCAGCUAUAUUUAUUCUGACGCCCUUUUUGGGCCCUGGUACUGGACCGGUCAUUGGAGGUUUUGUGGUCAAUCGGAAGGGCUGGCGUUGGACACAGUGGACAACAAUAUUCUUCGCUACCUUCACUUUGAUCAUGAUCGCAUUAUCCAAAGAGACUUUCCAUCCUGUUAUAAAACGGCGUCGUGCCAAAGAGCUCGGACUGCCUAUUCCUCCAUCACCACCGCUCUCUUCGCAGCUACGGCUUUUUGCAACCAUUUCGCUUCUCCGUCCUGUCCACAUGCUUUUGACUGAGCCUAUAGUCAUAUUCAUCUGCCUCUAUGUUGCCUGUGAAUUCGCGACACUCUUCUCAUUUUUCGCUGCCAUUCCCUUGAUUUUUCAAGGCAUCUACCAUUUCCAUGUCGAGCACUCAGGCCUUGUCUUCUUGACUAUCGUUGUUGGAUGUCUACUCGGGACAGUGACGGUCAUCAUAUGCAACUUCCUCCUUUAUCUCCCCAAAGUGGCCAAACAUCCAGGCGGACAGGUCCCGCCCGAACAUCGCCUCUACCCUGCAAUGAUAGGUAGUAUUGGGCUGCCGAUUGGUUUGUUCUGGUUUGCAUGGACGGCAAAGGCCGAGAUCUCUUGGGCAAGUCCUGUGGUCGCAAUCACGGUUUUUUCGUGGGGAAAUCUAUGCGUUUUCGUCAGCACAACGCAGUAUCUUGUUGAUACUUAUCAGGGUAUCACGGUCGCCAGCGCCAUGAGUGCGAAUGGUUUAGCGCGUUACGGGCUCGGAGCUGCUUUCCCACUGUUUACUGUCCAAAUGUAUACCAAGCUUGGCUCAGAGUGGGCAUCUAGCUUGCUUGGGUUCAUUGCAAUCGCGCUUUUACCUGUUCCUUGGGUCUUUUUCAAGAUGGGAAAGAGGCUAAGGGGUAUGAGUAAAUAUGAAACUGGGGAGCGCCAGUGA